AUGGAUGCAUCACCAGCUAUCAAUCAUGAUUGCGACCAUGAAUCAUCAAAGAGUUCAUCAUCCCCUCAUUCUGAAAAAUUAAAUAUUGAAUCAGCAAGAACUAAAAAUUCCGACUCGUCUUGUCCGAAAACUCUUUCAGCAUUCCGAUCCUAUUCCAUUUCAAAUUCAAAACAAUUUUUAAAUUAUUUUAGAAAUGAAUUUUGUAAACAAUUCCCUCAAACGCCUUUCGUGAGCUUGGAGGCUCAGAAAAUUUUCUAUCAUGAAAUUAUACAUAAUUUCCUUUCUGAGAAAUUUCCCAUUCCUUCCCAAUUUAUUUUAAAUGUGAUCAAGUAUUAUAUUGAACUUAUCGAAAGUGAUGAGAGUGGUGCAAAUCACGAAGGAAUUUAUGAUCCAUUAAUUGAGGAAUUUUCACAAUUGAUGAUCCACCACAAGGAAUCCGAAUCCCACCAAACAAAAAAGGAAUUUUUUUAUGACUAUCGAGUAGAAGAGAGUAGUUUUCGAGUCUAUGAUUUCUUAAAGACAUGGAUGAGUGAACAUGAGGAUCAACCGAUUGUGGUUCGAAUAUGGCCACAAUUUGUGAAUGUUGGAAUGUCUCUUUGGUCUGCUGGGUUUAUGUUAAUUGAAUAUAUUUUGUCACAUUUGGAUGACUUUAAAUACAAGAAUAUUACUGAGCUUGGAAGUGGAGUGGGAUUACUUGGAUUGAUCCUCAUGACUUGCAUUGAUAAGGAGCAUCGUGGUGAAAUUACUCUCACUGAUUAUUUGCCUUGUGUGUUGGAGAAUUGUGCCUAUUGCUUUUCUUUGAACAAUAUUCCUUACAAACUUUGCAAUUUAGAUGCAUUCAUGUACUUGCCCACCAACACCAUGACUCCACAUGAUUCCAGAGACUUUGUUCGCUUGAUGAAGUUAGAUUGGUGCUCCUUCACACAGAUUGAAAUUCAGCAGUUAAAAGAUACGGACAUUUUGGUAGCGGCUGAUGUGACCUAUGACAUUAGUGUGGUGGAGAGUCUUGCAGAAGUCACUCAUGCAUUAUUUGAGCAAAAUCACAAUCUGACCAUUCUCUUCGCCAUUACAAAAAGAACUGAAAAAACAUUUGAAAGGUUUGUGAAGGAAAUGGACAAGCGAAACAUGUGUUUGAGUAGAGAAAUUGAAACCAAUUUUCCAUAUAUAUUCCAGGUGAAUGAUAGAGAAACUGUCAAGCUCUAUGAAAUGAGAGGGGAAAACAUCACCAUCUAG